CUGUAACAGGCCACAAAUCAGGCAGGAAGGGUGUGUGCUGAGUGGUUUCCUCUCUAGUAGCUUGACUGAUCAGAACAAGCGGAGGGUGUGUUCUCACUGGGUUUUUGUGGUGGCAGUUGUGCUACCAGCCCUCGUUGGCUCCACGGCGUCAAGCUUGAUGUCGUGAAGAGCCAAAAGAGAAAGGAAGCGAGGUCCUGCUCGAGAGCUGUGGCCUCCACACUGUCAAGAAGCUCACAGCGCCUGCAGCUCGUCCAUGUGACUGAGCUUCCGCUGCCUGCUGCCUGCUUCCGUGAAGAGUAAAGAAGAGGGGGCAUCGGUGCUCGAGUCGGAGCGCCGCAGAACCCGUGAGAACGCUCUCUGCAGCAGGAGUCAGCCAGCGAUAUGAUUAGGGGAUCGACCCUCAGUGGCUCGGGAAAUCCACACUUAACCACCAGGAGGGAAAUGAUAAAAUGCCAGUCCACAGACUUACUCCUCUUCUCUGCUUGUUGUCCAUCUGGAGAAUCCUGACCACGGUCUCCAGUCAUCCCCACUUCGGCCCCUGUCAGCUGAUACAAAGAACAGCCCUCUGCAAUAAUCGCAAGCUUUCAUCUGUACCUGAAGGACUUCCUGACAACACAGAGGAGCUUCAACUCAACUACAAUGAUAUUCUAACACUACAGAACGAGUCUCUUCUGCGCUACCCCUCACUAACCACCCUGAGCUUAGCUUGCAACAGCCUGGAGAAACUAGAAUCAAACACUUUUCAAGACUCUAAAUUGUUAGAAAGCCUUAACCUUGCAAACAACGACCUUAACAGUAACUAUCAAGAGAGCUCCCUCGCAUUAAAAAACCUCCCAGCUCUUAGAUUUCUAGAUCUUUCAGAAAACAAGCUUGAAGAUGACAUGGCUUCCACCCUCCUUCAAAAUCUGACAUCGAUAGAGUAUCUUAACUUGUCCGGAAACAUCCUGAGGAGAUUAGACGAGACCUCCUUCAGGGAUCUGCACCACCUCAAAGAGCUUGAUCUCCAGCGAAACCUCAUGUUUGAAAUCGACGGCGCCUUUGAGAGAAAUCCGCACCUCCGGCGGCUGAACUUGGCUUUCAACUAUCUGCCCUGUCUGACCGACUUCCACAUGACCCAACUGGUCGUCCUCAACAUUAGCCACAACUUCAUCGAGUGGUUCAUCUCAAGACAGGAUCUGAACGAGACUUUCCAGCUAGAAACCCUCGAUCUGUCCGACAACAAGCUAAUCUUUUUCCCGUUCUUGCCCAGUCAGAGUAAAUUACGCAACCUGUAUCUGUCGCAUAACACUCUGAGAUUCUAUGAACAUCUUUCUGACAAUGCUACGCUACCCAAUUCCUCCACGACCGUGGAGUUCUACAAUAUAAACAAGGACCUGCACAAUAUGACUGCUCAGCUGUGGGACGAUAGCCUCCACGGUGACAUUUCCGCCCUCGAGAUUCUAGAUCUGACGGCUAACAAGGUGGAGUAUUUUCCUCAAGGGUUUAUCCGGAAAAUGCCCAUCCUGUCGAGACUUCACAUGAACACAAACUGUCUGGAGACCUUAAACUUUACAUCGGAAAAUUUCUCCUGCAGCUUGUACGAGCUGGACGUGAGCAACAACCGCCUCAACCAGAUUUCAGCAGACAUUCACACACUCGCCGCUCUGGGAAAUCUGACAUAUUUUAACCUGAGUCGGAACGAUCUCAAGAUGAUUCCCUUUGGAUUAUUCUCCUCACUGUCAAACAUACGAUCGGUGGAUCUUAGCUACAACAGCGUUGGCGUGUGCUCUACAAAGACGGCGACAUUUGCCAAUGAUUUCUCGGAUUGUGUUAAUUGGCAAAACAUUGUUUCUUUGAGGCAGCUCCACGUUAAAGGAUGCAACCUUCAAACAAUCCCAGCGUCUGCUUUCGCAGGACUGUCGCUGACACAUUUGGAGUUGUCCGAUAACCCAGGGGUUAUCAUGCGAGAUUCCCUACAAAGUCUGAGCCAGACACUGCAGUAUCUCGGCCUAGGAAACACUCAAAUCAAGAACCUCGACUUCUCGGCUUUCCGGAAUCUGAAGUCCCUAAAUCUUUCAAGGAACUCUCUUUCCCAAAUCCCUCAGUCACUUCAAAGCAUUGACCUGAAAGUGUUGGACUUGUGCAACAACAAUCUGUCCUCAAUCCCUUCUAGUCAGGCCCACGUGCUGGCCUCAAAGCUUCACACCGUUUUCCUCACAGGAAAUCCGUUCAACUGCUGCCAAACGGAGUGGUUCAGGACAUUCGACGCAACAAAAACAGUCACCAUCGUCGCUCGGUCAGAAAUACAAUGUAAGGACAUCUUCCAAACACACAGAAUAAAGGACUCCCAAAGGUUUUCGUGUCAGGAAGCAAGCAAAUCCCUGUUUUGGUACAUCCUGCUGUUAGUUCCCAUUUUCCUGUCUUUUGCAGGAAUGGCUAUCAUUGUCUUCCUCGCCUUCAAACCCAAGUUACUACAGAAAUCUUUCAAAAAAAAUUAUUUAAAGCCAACAUCUUACUGAUGUCUUCCCUCUGAAUGCUUUGUUCAACAGUAUGUCAAUGAAUCUCAAUGUAUAAAAAAACAAUAAAAUGUUGUUUUUUUUAAACAAAAAUGACGAUUUAAA